AGACUUUUGAAGCAACAAGCUGCAGCAGAUGUUCCCCAGCCUCCCUUCCUUCCUUCCUCCGCUCUGUUUCCAUUCAGUAAAGUGAAGUCUGUUUCAUUGUGUGGCGCUGUGUGCUGCAGCAGGGCGUGACGCCUCACUCAGAGAGCAGCAGAGCGAGCGGCGGCCGCCGCGGUCAGAGCUCAGAUCGCACCUUAAAAACGCUUAAAAUCGAUCCAGUUUAUAAACUUGUCCUGAAGAGGAGGUCCAGUUCAAACUCUCGGUGUUUGUCUUCAGAGGUUAAGAAACGUGUUUAUGUGAAAUCUAAGAAACUGUUUUUUUCAGUUCCUUGAGUGUCCACUAGAGGGUGUUGUCAAAAGCCCUUAAACCCACAUACACACUCAUUUAAAGAAGCCUGUCUUUACAAUAACAACAAACAUUUAUAAAGCCUCGAUCAAAAGCUGUUUAAUGUCUCUAAAGUUAAUUUCUCCAUCAGGACAAACUGCAGAGGGAGCGAGUUUAUGGAAGGUUAUUAUUAGAAAAUCAACACGACUGUCAGGCGGGAAAACGGUGACUGUUAGCGAGGAGGCUAAAGGUGCGUCAGCUUUCCCAACAUGAUCAGGAUCCUUGAUAAUAAUCAUUAAACUGUGAUUCAGACGACAGUAGGUGGCGUCACUGAGGCUAAAUGAGUAUUAGACUGUGGACACCUUAAAUGAGAGGCGUGGGACCUUUUGUUGUUCAUGUUUAUUCUGUCAUUUUGUUUACAUGCGACUCUUUAACACAUUUAUAGUCUGAAUAAAUAUAUUCCAUCUGUGAAGGACGAAAAUCAAAAUUUUCUCCAAAAACAUUUUAAUGUUUGUUUUUUAUUCAGAAGAGAGAAAAAAUUAAAGUUCUUAGUUUAUUUUUUUCUGUAUUUCUUGUAUCAGUUUCAUAGAUUUAUUCUAAAUAUUUCUGAGUUAAAGUCAUUGAUUAAAAAUUCUCAUUAUCUGCAGUCACAUGUCACAGAAUCAGACUCACAUUAAGUUUAACAGUCUGAGGAUCAAUUUUCUGAUCAGAACAAAGUCCAACAUGUUUAAACGUCAAUAUUCAUGAUGAGAUUUCAGACCACGAACAACCAGCUCUGUGUGUGUGUGUGUGUGUGUGUGUGUGUGUGUGUGUGUGUGUGUGUGUGUGUGUGUGACAUCGCCUCACUCCCUUUCACUACCCUUUGAAUGCUGGAGCUGUGUCUCCAUGGCAACGCUGACCCCUGGGAGUCAAUGUUAUUUUUUUUUCACACGAGUCCCCUCUUUACCAUCCCUCUCUCUCUCUCUCUCUCUCUCUCUCUCUCUUCCCUUCUCUCCCUCUGUCUCUCUCUGUCCUUCCCUCCCACUCUGUUUACCUCCUCGCCUCCUCUUUACUCCUCCUCCUCCUCUCUUCCUUUUCUCUCCAUUAUGAACCAAAGAAGAGAAAACCUCUGCUCAUUAUAGAGGUGGUGGAGGUGUUGCAGUUCUGUCUCUCACUCCCUCUCUCUCUCUCUCUCUCUCUCUCUCUCUCUCUCUGCGUCUUGUCUCCAGCUCUUCUCGUCCUUCUCAAGGACGUCUCUGAAAGCAGCUCCUCUCAGAGUCGUUUUUUCACGCUGACCUUGCCUUUAAAUCUCGCUCUGAGUCGAGCGACGUGGGCGCAGAUUUACCGCAUUUUUCCCGACAAAAGAAACAUAUAUAUUUUUUUUAAUCUCAUGACCGUCCUUUAUUCUCUCCUCGCUCUGCAGCCUCUGGAUUCAGGAGCGCUCGUUGUCAUGCGUGAUAAAUCGUUUGAUCUCGGGUGUGACGAUGACUCUCAGUGUACAGCGCAGCAAAGAUGACGAACCACCUUCUCUGAUGUCUUCAGGGUUUUUGGAGGAAGCUUCACUUUAGUCUGCUGUCUUACAUCUUCCCUCCAUGAAUGUACAACUUUAUCCAAUAACCCCCGAUUUCCAACACAUCCUGAUCGUCUCCUAUUCCAUUCAAGUUAACGUGUCGAUUUCCACCGACUUCUUUCCGUUCCUCUGCCGAUCAAAAUCAAAAUCUAACUCUCUUAUGGAAAGGACAUCUGGACAACAGCUGUCCUUUCAACGAAGAACUGUAAAUCAUAGAUGCUGCAUCCUCAGUUUUACACAACAUCUCCAGGUUUCUUAAGUAGAUUUCCUCCUCUGGAAGGACACAAUCUACUGCAUAUAUGUCUAUGUGUCUGUCUUUAUAGAGACAACUCGUUAUUCUAACCAUUGUGCGAUUGUACGUGAAUGCUCAGGUUCUUGUGAGUUUUUUCGAUUACCGCUGUCCGUAAUCCGCCAUGAAAUUCGCCUCGCCAACGGAUCCCGUAGAUGGCGAAAAUCGCUGCCGUUUCGGAUCAGAGUGGUGAAAAUUGGGGGUCAGGUUUUCAGACGGCGCCCUGAUCAAAUCCGUUGGUUCCUCUGGAUCCUGAUUGGAGGAUGUCGUGUCCGUAUUAAACCACAGAACAGUCUCGGCCCGUUUUCAGGUCCGCAGAAGUCAGCAGAACUUCUUCCUCAUGUUUAGUUUUGAUGUUGAUGCAGAAACAAACUGAUAACAGGCGUUUGAUGCGGCGCUGGCUGAGAGUUGAAACAGAGUCAGCUGAUGCGGCUGCAGAGUCCCUGAUUGGUCACUGAUGACUUUUCUUCUUCUUCUUCUCUCCCAACAGGCGAAGCUGAUCGUCCCCAACAGCACAGCCGGCCUGAUCAUAGGGAAAGGCGGAGCCACGGUAAAGGCGGUGAUGGAGCAGUCCGGGGCGUGGGUACAGCUAUCCCAGAAGCCCGAGGGCAUCAACCUUCAGGAGCGGGUCGUCACCAUCAGCGGCGAGCCCGAGCAGAACCGCAAAGCUGUGGAGAUCAUCGUCCAGAAGAUCCAAGAAGACCCGCAGAGCUCCUCCUGCCUCAACAUCUCCUACUCCAACAUCACCGGACCCGUCGCCAACUCCAACCCCACCGGUUCUCCAUACGCCAACUCCACCGAGGUCAUGCCGGCCGCCGCGGCGGCUGCAGCGGCCACAGCUUCCUCUCUGCUGGGCCAGGCCAGCUUGGCAGGAGUGGGAGCGUUCCCGACCACCAUGUCCAGCCUCUCGGGCAACGAUCUGCUCGCCAUCACCUCCGCCCUCAACACUCUGGCCAGCUACGGCUACAACACCAACUCCCUGGGCCUGGGCCUGAACCCCGCCGCAGCUUCAGGCGUGUUAGCCGCGGUCGCAGCGAAUGCUAACCCAGCAGCGGCGGCCGCAGCAAAUUUGUUAGCGUCCUACGCUAGCGAUGCAUCCACCAGCGCAGCUCACCCGGCGGCCGGCCUCGGGGGCUUCUCUCUGGGGUCUCUGGCCGCAGCUACAGGGGCGACCAACGGCUACCUGAGCGCCGCGUCGCCACUGGUGGCGUCAUCUCUACUGGCGACAGAGAAGCUAGCGGAAGGAUCAAAGGAAGUGGUGGAGAUCGCCGUGCCGGAAAACCUGGUCGGAGCCAUCUUGGGGAAGGGCGGGAAGACGCUAGUGGAGUACCAGGAGCUAACCGGCGCCAGGAUCCAGAUCUCCAAGAAAGGCGAGUUCAUCCCCGGAACUCGGAACAGGAAGGUGACCAUCACGGGCUCCCAGGCCGCCACGCAGGCCGCACAGUACCUGAUCAGCCAGCGAAUCACCUACGAGCAGGGGGUACGCGCCACCAACCCACAGAAGGUGGGCUAA